UUUUUAAUAAUAAUAAUAAUAAUAUAAUUAUUUCUUUCUUUUUUCUUCUUUUGAUAAUAAGUAAAAUUAGCACUAGUUGCCUUCGAAUAAAAAAUGAAAAAAAAAACGCGAAAUUAACUUAACCUUUUUCACGAUGCUGAUUGAAUUUACAAUCAAAAGUGUAUUAAUAUUAAAUAAAGACAUCAAACAAAAAUGCAAGAUAGUAGUAAUAACUAUUAAAAACAAGUAGUUUUCUCGAAACUUAUUAAUUAGUUACAAGUGGUUACAAGAGUAGUUUGGUUCGUUCACUGCUAGAUGGCUAUACGUUUCACUGCCCAUGUUGUUUGUAAACAGAUCAGCUCAAGGAUUGUAUCUACUAUUAUUUAUUAAAUAUGUAUCACUGCGUUGUGAAAGUAAAUUGUAACGCACGUAAACACGACCCAAAAAAUUAAAACAAUUCGAUGUCGCAUUUUUAACGUUAAAAGAUUCGUUUUUACAAUAGGUGUACUUAAUGUCGUAAAUAGUCAUUCUACUUUUAUGUUUACGUAAAUUGUUAACAUUGAAUAGAUUGGUAUGUACAAUGCCUUUGUUUUCAAAUAAAUUCUCUCCCAAGAAGACGCCUACAAGAAAGGCAGGAGUAUUUUUAGCAAACAAAGAUUUGAGUCCAAAGCGAAUUGAAAAAGAACUUGGACCCAAUGUUGGUCCUAUACGUUUGAAAUUGGGGGAUCAGGAAGCUGUUUUUGAGUCUGGUUUAUGGAUUCCAGAAUCUGGUACCAUUGGAGGAACUUUCAAAGAAAAUGAAAAAUUAAAAAAAGAAGUAAAGAAAUUAGAAGAAGAAAACAACUUGUUGAAGCUAAAAUUUGAAGUACUUCUUGAUAUGUUGACACAAACAACGGCAGACUUUCAUUCACAAAAAGAAGAGUUAGAUAGAUUAAAAAGAAAUUCAAUGUAUAAUAAGGGCAGUGAAUCUUGAUAUAGACAUAUUAAUUCACAUUUAUAAUAUAAAAUUUUCAUAUGUAGGA